AUGAACGAGUACGUCGAGUACGACUGGAGGCUGCGCCAGAUGCAAAAUGAACGCCUUUGUGACGUAUCUAGGAAAAAACUGACUGAUGGUGAUAGACAACGUGCUUUAGCUGGCCUCAAAGACGCCGUCGAUUCAAGUCUCAACUUAGCCCUACGCGACAAAAGUCGAUGUCAAGACGACAAUUUUUUACGGCGGUUUUUAUACGCGCGCAAACAUGAUGUACAGCAAAGUUUCGAGCUAUUAAUUCGAUAUCAUCAACAUCGUCGGGAGCACUCUGAGCUAUGGGCGCCCGCGGAUGGCGGGGUGUUGCGAGCUCUCGCCGAUGGCCUCCCCGGCGUGUUAGCGCAGCGGGACCGGCUCGGCCGGUGUGUGCUACUCAUGUUUGCCUCUAAUUGGACUCCCCAUGCAUGCCCGCUUUUGUCUGUAUUCAGAGCUUUACUUCUCACAUUGGAACGGACUCUCAUCGAAACACAGAAUCAAGCCAAUGGAUAUGUUAUCAUUGUUGAUUGGACGGAGUUUACAUUUAAACAAUCGUGUAGUUUACAAGCAAAAAUUUUGAAAAUGAUGAUCGACUGCUUGCAGGAUUGUAUGCCAGUGAGAUUUAAAAGUAUACAUUUUAUAGGACAGCCGUGGUAUGUAGAAACCGCUCUUGCAGUAAUUAAACCGUAUUUAAAAGCGAAGACUCGAGAAAGGAUAGUUUUACAUGGAAAUAAUCUAUCUACUUUGCAUGACUCAUUACCCUUAGAUAUUUUACCUGCAGAAUUAGGGGGAGAAGGGCCUUCUUACAAUUCAGAGCGCUGGUUACAAGAAUUCUGUCGAUGUGAAAAUAUAGAUCCAAAGCCUAUACCUGUAGUAACGACAGCCACGCCUGUUGAUAACGAUCUCCCCGCCGCCAAACUUGAUAAGGCUUACAAGCAAAAGGAUAGUGCGAACUUUUCAUUUCACGGAAACGAAAAAGGUGCUAAGUCUGAGUUACUUAGAGAUAAAGAU